AUGGCAGAUGACUUGCGAAGGAAAUUGAUCCUAAGGCAGAUGGGUUGUGCAAGUGGUGUUGUAGAGAAAGCGCACUCCCCGGAAGCCGAUGAACGCCAAGAUACCGUCGGUGAUUUACCAUUCAAUGGCAGAAGGGUAGAUCAGAGCUCAAGAAACGCGCAUGAACUUGGAACAAAUGAAGGACCUGUGGAUUUGAAUACAAGCUGGAAAGAAUUUUUCAGCGAAAAUGAAGAUUUCGUAAUUGAACAGCGAAAUUUCACUUUUAAUACAUAUUACAAUUUACCAGCAUCUCUAAAGAUUGGUGCUACAGUUCCGGUCUUUUUAUUUCACCAUGGUGCUGGCUCUUCAGGUCUUUCAUUUGCCACUUUGUCGAAGGCUCUGUAUGAAAAAAUGGAUAAAGCCUGCGUUACAUUUGCAUUUGAUGCAAGAGCUCAUGGCAAGACAAGGCCGAUUGAUACCCGAAAAGAGGUCACUUACGAUCUAAAUACGUUUGUUGAGGACUUUGUCGCUGUGGUAGAGUAUUUUCACCAUAACAGGCUGUUAAGGCUUGCUAAAGCCAAAUAUUCAUUCGUCUUCGUUGGACACUCAUUGGGAGGCAGCAUAUGUACAUCGUCGUAUACAUUUUUUCCAGAAAUAUUACGAAAGGAUGCUUUGGGGGUUGUUAUGUUAGAUAUUGUGGAAGAAGGCGCUAUUUUAGCCCUGAAAAAUGUUAAUCACUUCUUGCAAAAAACCCCAAACAUAUUCAAGAACUAUCAAGAUGCAAUCGAUUGGCAUGUUCAAAAUGGACUAUCUAGGUACAGAAAUAGUGCUGAAAUUGCCAUUCCCUCAUUAUUUAGGUUGACUAAGUCUCACAAAGUGCAAAGAAUCACAAACUUGAGAGAUUUCGAACCAUUCUGGAAUACUUGGUUCGAAGGUCUAUCUCACAAAUUUGUUAUGCUCCCUUGUAGUAGACUUUUGUUGCUCGCUGGGAAUGAAAAUUUGGAUAAAGAGCUCAUUAUAGGUCAAAUGCAAGGAAGGUAUCAACUGGUGGUGUUUCAUGAAUCCGGUCACUUCAUUCAAGAAGACACCCCGGUUAAAACAGCUUUAACUCUGCAUGACUUUUACAUUCGCAAUUCUUUUAAAAAUGUGACGAUUAAGUCCAAUUGGGGUUCACAAAAGUGA